AUGUCUCCACCAGAUGCCCCAGUGAUCACAUCCGUCCCCAGCAACAAGGAUGUGACAGAGAACACCAGUCCCAACAUCGACUGUAGCAGUAACAUCACACCAGGCAACCCUUCAACAACAAGCUACAGGUGGACAGGUCCAGGUGGUUACAGCAAGGAUGGGGCUGUACUUGACAGACGUGUAACCAGGACUCAGGGAGGAGUGUACAUCUGUACUGCCUCCAACACUGCAGGACUGUCAGACACAGCUCAGGUCAACGUCAAUGUGCAGUACGCCCCAGUGAUCACAUCCGUCCCCAGCAACAAGGAUGUGACAGAGAACACCAGUCCCAACAUCGACUGUAGCAGUAACAUCACACCAGGCAACCCUUCAACAACAAGCUACAGGUGGACAGGUCCAGGUGGUUACAGCAAGGAUGGGGCUGUACAUGACAGACGUGUCACCAGGACUCAGGGAGGAGUGUACAUCUGUACUGCCUCCAACACUGCAGGACUGUCAGACACAGCUCAGGUCAACAUCAAUGUGCAGUACGCCCCAGUGAUCACCUAUGUCCCCAGCAACAAGGAUGUGACAGAGAACACCAGUCCCAACAUCGACUGUAGCAGUAACAUCACACCAGGCAACCCUUCAACAACAAGCUACAGGUGGACAGGUCCAGGUGGUUACAGCAAGGGUGGGGCUGUACUUGACAGACGUGUAACCAGGACUCAGGGAGGAGUGUACAUCUGUACUGCCUCCAACACUGCAGGACUGUCAGACACAGCUCAGGUCAACAUCCAUGUGAAUUAUGGACCAGGAACCAGUGUCAGUAUAACUCCAUCCUCCCCCCACACGGUAGUGGAAGGAACAGGGCCUGUAUCUAUUAGAUGUACUGCCGACUGUAAUCCUUCUUGUGGACUCCAACUGAAGAAGGAGACUACUGAUGUAGGUCAAGGUCAAGUCACAUUGGACAAGGUCAACCGAGCCCAAGCUGGAGACUAUACUUGUGAAGCUGAGAAUGUGAUAGGACGUGCCAGUAAACAGUUUACCCUUGUUGUUCACUAUCCUGUCAACAUAACUAUCUUUACGGUCAACUCGCUCAGUCGUUCAGUGUCAGUAAAUGAAUCAGAUCAAGCCACCUUGAGCUGCCAGGUUGACAGUAAUCCAAGGUCAGUCAUCAGGUUACUGAAUGGAAGUGAGGAGUUGACAAGGGCAGACAACUCUCUGACAGCAACAUAUAGACUGGAUUCAGUGGACUGUAGACAAAGAGGGAACUACUCCUGUACUGCCACCAACAACAUCGGGGCACCUGUCACCAAGACGGUGGAGUUGCUUGUCAAAUGUUCUCCUCGACUAGAUGAAACAGUGCCCAAGCAACUCAAGUACGCCUCCAGGCUGGGUGGAAACGUGACUUUGUCUGUGUCAAUCUUGGCCUACCCCCUUCCUACAUUCACCUGGAGUAGAUCCAUCACCACCAGCCAGCACCUCACUGUUUCCUCCAGCCCUGUCUCAGACAUCUCAGUCACUGCCAGAUUACACCUUACUAACCUCCAACAUCAGGACUUCGGGGACUACAGUCUUACAGUGGACAAUGGUGUUGGCGGGUCUGUCCCAUACACAGUCGGCAUUGUGCCUACAGGAUUACACCUUACUAACCUCCAACAGCAGGACUUUGGGGAUAACAGACUUACCGUGGAUAAUGGUGUAGGUGGGCUAGGGGCAUGGACACUCAGCAUUGUAUCUGAAGGACCACCAGGUACCCCAACAAACAUCAGUGUCUCCCCAGAAGGCCCCUUCACUCUACAUGUUUCCUGGAAGGAGGAGUUCAAUGGCGGAGCUACUCAGACAUUCACUGUAGAAUACAGCACAGAUGAGAAGGACUGGAAGACAGCAGGGAGUUAUACGGAGACAGGGAGUGGGAAUUAUAUGACAUCAGUCAUCAAGGAUCUCAACUCUGACACACUGUACUAUGUGAGGGUUGUCGCUAGGAACCAGUUUGGAAACAGCAGUUACACCACUGAAUAUGUGACUGGACUCACGGAGAAGAAAGUUACUAGUAUACCUCCUGCAGCCCCUGCACAAGCUGGAUUAAUAGCUGGAGUGACAGUCGGUGUGGUAUUGGUCGUCGGCAUUGUGGUCGUCGUUGUCAUUAUGACCAGGAAAGGAUACAGAUGCAUAUGUAAAUUGCAGAAACCAGGCUCCACAGACACACAGAAUACGUCACGGAUCCCCGAAAAUAGAGGAGAACACGUGAAUUUCCAAGAUGUUAACCAGUACUCUGGCCUGCAAGAUAGCGCGGAUGACAAACAGACUUACACAGAACUGAAGAAUUAUGAAAAUACAGGAUUCCAUUCUUCUAAAGACACUGUCAACACUAUCAACCAGAUCUCAAGACAUGCUUAUGAACUCGACAAGCCUGCCAUGUAUGUGAAUGCUGAUAUCAAAGGCAAAGAUUCGCCCUAUGUGAACACCUGA